AUGGCUCUCUCCCAGGUGCAGUGUCUGGAUGACAGUCAUGUCAACUGGAGAUCCAGCGAGUCCAAGCCGGAGUUCUUCUAUAGCGAGGAGCAGAGACUGGCUUUGGAAGCCCUGGUCUCAGAGGGGCCAGAGGCCUUCUACGAGGUCCUCAAGAAAGAGAACAUCCGGGACUUCCUCUCCGAGCUGGAGCUUAAAAAGAUCAUGGAGUCGCUGGAAACGUACGACCCGGGUUCGGAGUAUAUCCCACCCCACAGGGGCGGGGACAGCGACGGUGACUGCACCAGCCAAGGGGGCGAGGGAGAGUUGGCACCCUCCUUGGAGUACUGGCCCCAGAGAUCCGACCGCUCCAUCCCGCAGCUGGACCUGGGCUGGCCUGAGACCAUCGCCUACCGGGGGGUCACCAGGGCCAUGGUGUACAUGCAGCCGCCCAUCGACGGGCAAGCGCACAUCAAGGAGGUGGUCAGGAAGAUGAUUGUCCAGGCUCAGAAGGUCGUGGCUGUUGUCAUGGACAUGUUCACGGACGUCGACAUCUUCAAGGACCUCCUGGACGCAGGCUUCAAGCGGAAAGUCGGCGUCUACAUCAUUGUGGAUGAGACCAAUGCGAAAUACUUCCUUCAGAUGUGCGAGCGAGCGCAGAUGCACGCCGGGCACCUGAAGAAUCUCCGCGUUCGCACCACGGGGGGAACAGAAUUUUUCACCCAUUCGGCCACGAAGUUCAAAGGUGCCUUGGCCCAGAAGUUCAUGUUCGUGGAUGGUGACCGGGCUAUGUGUGGCUCCUACAGCUUCACCUGGUCCGCAGCCAGGACCGACAGGAACCUCAUCUCGGUCCUCUCUGGCCAGGUGGUGGAAGCGUUUGACAAGCAGUUCCAGGAGCUGUAUCUCAUGUCCCGGGGGCUCAGCCUGAAGUCCAUUCCCAUGGACGAGGAGCCGGAACCUGAGCCAUUCACUCUGCCCUCUGUCAUGCCUGUCACCCCAGCCAACGCAGUGGUGAAGAGACUGAUUAACCCAAAAUAUGCCCUGGUGAAGGCCAAGAGCGCUGAUCAGAUCAGCAAGAUGUCGUCCGAGAGGCAGGCGGACGCCGGCAGAAACAAGAUAAUGGACAGCAAAGACAAGGCCCUUCCCGAGGGCCAAGCUGCCGAGCGGCAAAACGACAUGGCCGACCUAGCCCCACCCAUCCACCCCGGCCUCCUCAACAUGGAGAAGGCCAACAUGUUCGACUACCUGCCCACUUGGGUGGAGCCAGACCCAGACCCAAGCGAAAUCUUGGGGUACAUCAACAUCAUUGACCCCACUAUAAAGAACGUGAAGCUGUCCCAAAUGAAUCGCAUCAAGGUCUGUGAUGUCUCCCAGGCCAAUGCCCAGCACAGGCAGAUGCUAAAAAGCAAGGAAUUGGAAGCCAAGAAAAGCCAAGAGCCUUCUCCAGCCAGCCGGGAGCAAAGAGAGGCCCCUCCGACCCCAAUCAAAGAAGCUCCCAAGCCAGUAGAAAGCCCCAAAGCAAGGAGUCCUGGGGAGAACAAGAAAGGAGCUUUGGCUAUCCUGGCCGUAAGCCAGCACCUGAAGCAGCCCACGGCUGCAGAGACGCACAAGAUGGACAUCAGGCCCCCAGUGCCAAGGCCGAGGACGGUUGACGUCAUGGACUUUAUCUCCAAAAACGGUGCGCUCUGCAAAGACACGGCUGCCCUGCUUGUGGACGCCAAGAAGCAGCUGCGCCAGGUGGCAGAGCCAGCGAAUGCAGAUCACGGGCCGGGUGAAAACCCCACACAAGCUCAAGCCACAGCCAGCGAUCACCAGCUGAGGAGGCAGGAAGCCGUAUCCCAGGAAGCUCAGGGCACGGCAGCCAUGUGUCCCGUGAACGGGCUGGAAGGGGAGGAAGAUGAAGAGGACUAUUUGACACUCAGUGAUCAGGAGAGCUAUUCUAGCAGUUCUGCCACCCACAGCUACCACCACUCCAAUGCCUCCUCCACCUCGGAUGAACUCUUCGAGGUGAGAGGUCGCUUUGGGCCGCUCCGGAGAACCAACUCAGAUCACAUCCCCAAUGGGGGGAACCUGCACUUGCAAAGGAAAAUGAGCGACCCCCACAUCAGCCGGGGAACCUACGUCAGCCCCCUGGGGAGCCUGCAGUCGCCGCCAAACUUGCGCUUAGAGGACGCGGUGCAGAGGCAGGACGAUGUUACCGAGGUUAUUAGGUGUGUGCUGGAAAAGGUGGAUGGAAAGGAAGCACUCGCCAGCAAGGCCAGGCAGGGUCAGCCUUUCCACCACUACGUAUCCAGGAACCCAGCAUGCCCAGGACAAGGCAAAGGGGGUGUCCAUGCCCCGAGACACGAGAAAAACCCAGGGCCCAGUAAAUACAAGGCGGACGGAACCAGUGCUAAGAAACCCACCACAGCCACCAGCCCCCCACCAUACUGGCAAAGCAAAGGUUUCAGUUCUGCCAGGAACGUGCAGCCCCGCCACCUCUCGCAAGGCAUCAGCAGAGCAACCGGCAAGCCCUUGUCCUCCCUCCCAGAAAGCCAGAGGACAGCGGACGAAGUGAGGACGCCUCUCGGCAUCCCACUCACCAAACUCUCACAGUCCAAGCACCUCAAGGCCAGGGUGGGCGGAGGCCAGCAGGUUUCCACCGACUCCAAACGGAGGCUCCCGGGGGCCGCCAGCCGCAAGGACCAGUAGGUACCGAAGCAGCUGGACUGCAAGUAUUCAGAGGCCAUAGAGCGGGGAGAUGCAAUUCCGCGAGGGAGGGGGAAUAUGUUU